AUGAUUGCCCGGUGCCUCUGGGCGGUGCGAGGCCUCCACAGAACUGGUGGUUGCAGGAUUUUAUUCAGAAUGACUUUAGGGAGAGAAGUGAUGUCUCCUCUUCAGGCAAUGUCUGCCAGUACCGCCGCUGGCAGGAAUGUGUUAAGAUGGGAUCUUUCACCAGAACAAAUUAAAACUAGGACCGAGGAGCUCAUUGUGCAGACCAAACAGGUGUACGAUGCCAUUGGAAUGCUUGACCUUGAGGAAGUAACUUACGAGAACUGUUUGCAGGCACUGGCUGAUGUAGAGGUGAAGUACAUAGUGGAACGAACCAUGCUAGACUUUCCCCAGCACGUCUCCUCUGACAAAGAAGUACGAGCUGCAAGCACAGAAGCGGACAAAAGACUUUCUCGCUUUGAUAUCGAAAUGAGCAUGAGAGAAGAUAUAUUUUUGAGAAUUGUUCAUUUACAGGAAACCUGUGAUCUGGGGAAGAUAAAGCCUGAAGCCAGGCGGUACUUGGAAAAGUCAGUUAAAAUGGGGAAAAGAAAUGGGCUCCAUCUUCCAGAACAAGUCCAAAACGAAAUCAAAGCAAUGAAGAAAAGAAUGAGUGAGCUGUGCAUUGACUUCAACAAAAACCUCAAUGAGGAUGAUACCUUCCUUGUAUUUUCCAAGGCUGAACUUGGUGCUCUUCCUGAUGAUUUCAUUGAUAGUUUAGAAAAGACAGAUGAUGACAAGUACAAAAUUACCUUAAAAUAUCCACACUAUUUUCCUGUCAUGAAGAAAUGUUGUAUCCCAGAAACCAGAAGGAAGAUGGAAAUGGCUUUUAACACAAGGUGCAAAGAGGAAAACACGGAAAUUCUACAGCAGCUACUCCCACUGCGGGCCAGAGUCGCCAAGCUCCUCGGCUACAGCACACAUGCUGACUUUGUCCUUGAAAUGAACACUGCGAAGAGCACAAGCCGUGUGACAGCCUUCCUAGAUGACUUAAGCCAGAAAUUAAAACCCUUGGGUGAGGCAGAACGAGAGUUUAUUUUGAAUUUGAAGAAAAAGGAAUGUGAGGAGAGAGGUUUCGAAUAUGAUGGGAAAAUCAAUGCCUGGGAUCUGCAUUACUACAUGACUCAGACAGAAGAACUCAAGUACUCCAUAGACCAGGAGGUCCUCAAGGAAUACUUCCCCAUUGAGGUGGUCACCGAAGGCUUGCUGAACAUAUACCAGGAGUUGUUGGGACUCUCGUUCGAGCAAGUGUCAGGCGCUCACGUGUGGAAUAAAAAUGUUACGCUCUACACUGUGAAGGAUAAAGCCACGGGAGAAGUAUUGGGACAGUUCUACUUGGACCUCUAUCCCAGGGAAGGGAAGUACAACCACGCAGCCUGCUUCGGUCUCCAGCCGGGCUGCCUCCUCCCUGACGGGAGCCGCAUGAUGUCCGUGGCAGCCCUCGUGGUGAACUUCUCACAGCCCCUCGCAGGUCGUCCCUCUCUCCUGAGGCACGAUGAGGUGAGGACUUACUUCCAUGAAUUCGGUCAUGUCAUGCAUCAGAUUUGUGCCCAGACUGACUUUGCACGAUUUAGUGGAACAAAUGUGGAAACUGACUUUGUGGAAGUGCCAUCACAAAUGCUUGAAAAUUGGGUGUGGGACAUUGAUUCCCUCCGGAGACUGUCAAAGCAUUAUCAAGAUGGGAGACCUAUUAUGGAUGAUCUGCUUGAAAAUCUUGUUGCUUCCAGAUUGGUCAACACAGGUCUCCUGACCCUACGCCAGAUUGUUCUGAGCAAAGUUGAUCAGGCUCUCCACACCAACGCAUCGCUGGAUGCUGCAAGUGAAUAUGCCAAAUGCUGCACAGAAAUCUUAGGGGUUGCGGCUACUCCAGGCACGAACAUGCCAGCUACUUUCGGACAUUUAGCGGGGGGAUAUGACGGCCAGUAUUAUGGAUAUCUCUGGAGUGAAGUGUUUUCCAUGGAUAUGUUUCACAGCUGUUUUAAAAAAGAAGGAAUAAUGAACCCAGAGGUUGGAAUGAAAUACAGAAACCUAAUCCUGAAACCCGGGGGAUCUCUGGACGGCAUGGACAUGCUCCAGAAUUUCUUGCAACGUGAGCCAAACCAAAAAGCGUUCCUAAUGAGCAGAGGCCUGCACGCCCCGUAA